AUGGCCAAGGGCAACGCCAAAGACUCGGGUGCGAAAGGAAAAGGCAAAGGCAAGGCGAAAGACAGUGCUAAUUCCGAUGAGGGAGGCAAAGGCAAAGGGCUAAAGCCUGCAAAUUCCAUUAAUGUUCGACAUAUUCUUUGUGAGAAACACUCCAAAAAGGAGGAAGCUGCUGAGAAGCUGAGAAACGGGGCGAAAUUCGAUGACGUUGCAAGAGAAUUUUCAGAGGAUAAAGCUAGACAAGGUGGAUCUCUUGGCUGGAAAGUUCGAGGAAGCCUUAAUGGCGAGUUUGAAAAAGUUGCAUAUGAGCUAGAACCCAGUACAACCGCGAAUCCAAAAUGGGGGGAAGUGAAAACGGGAUUUGGGAGUUUGGCGUUGUGGGAAUGA